GUGAAACAAUUAGGUCAAAUUUGACUUUCCUCAGUUAAUCUUAUUCUAUCACAAUGGUAGGUGUUCUACAACAGUACUGCUGUGUGCUCAUGGUCACGGUUGCUUUGGUCUCUGCCUCUUCAGUAAAUAAGCCAAAAGCCGCUGAGGUGUGACUUUUGACUGCUGAUCCACCAAUAGAAAGCGAAUAAAGCAGCAACGUUUCUUUGACGUCAUACACAAUAGGUUGGAGUUCCCCACAAAAGCCUUACAAAACAGCUCUCCAACGAUUGACAAACUUGUAAAGAAAACUUUACUUCGAAGCAAAAGAAUGGUGACUUCAGAAUGCCCUAGCAGAAUGGCUCUGUGGCCAGGUAUACAACCUGCAUUAUGUUGCCCAUGCUCAAAAUGUCCUGAGGAUCAUUUGUAUACUGGUCAUUAUAAUUAUGCAGAUGAUUGCUGGGGGGAGGAUGAAGAAUACAGUUGUUAUUCUGAAUAUACCGAAUGCUUGGAUAUAAUAAAAGCUUGGGAAAUAUUUUGGACAACAACAACAACAACAACAACAUCAAUCAUUCCACCAUCAACAACACCUAACAAUAUAACAACAGUAGCUAUUGCACCAACAACUUCAACAACAACAGAAGCCCCAACUCUGUUGCAAGUGGUCACAACAAAGGAGGGCAACAACCUUGCACUUUAUGCCAUCGUUGGCAUCUUAAGUUUGUUAUGUAUCUUGGCUUUUCUCUGGCUUCUACGACGGAAAUACAAAAAUAAAUACCAAGAUUUGAAAAAAUAUCUUCGAACUGUGUGCGCAGGGAAUAAACCAGGCAGUCGAAGUAAAAUAGAUUCGACACAUACUCCUUUAAGAAAAACAGACUUGGACAGACAAGACACCGUAGAAGAAAUGCAAGAAUCUUACUCAUCUCCAGGUGUUAAAAUGCUUGAGAGUCCUCCUGAUGAUAAAAGACAUAUUGUUAAUUCCAAACGAACAGUUUACCCUGUACAAGCCACUCCAUUCGAAGACUCAAAAGGUGAUUUAAAUGAAACAGUAACAACUUCAUUUCCUUCCACUGUACCAAACAAAAAUCCUGGGCCAGAAAGUAACCCAGAAUGGCUUCCACCACCUCGGUACCCCCCACCACUACACACACCCGACCCUACUAACCAAACCACACCCCCCAAUAUUUAUGUUAAUGGUGGCCAGGCUUUUAUUGCUUUUGCAUCCGGUACCGGUAAUGUACAUUACGUCAAUAAUAACUACAACCAAACCCCACCACCAAACACCCUACCUGAUGAAGAUACUUCGACAAACGCUCAAAGUUUUAAUCCUUCCAGCUUUCCCAACAGCUCCCCAUGUCCCACAGAACGUUUACACCAAGAGCCAGUAAGUGAGCGUCCCACCCAUAUAAUGCAUAACAAUGUGGAUAAAACAGGACACCCAUCUGACGCUGAAUCCAACUUUGCCCCAUCCUGCACAAGCAGACUACACAUCCGUAGGACGAGAAACCCGACCGAAAACGAGUCCAUAGCCACGGACUCUUCCACCAAAGCACACGCCCUAUUGACGGAUUACUCAGAUGCAUCCAAAGCACCGUUAAGGCUUAACUGUCAGAUUCAAAACAUGCGGAGAGCGAAUGAUAUGAAUGACCAUAUAUCAGGUGGGCAAGACUCAAGUCUCUCCACUCCUGUACAGUGUAUGGAAGAAUCCAAUGGAAGCUUGAACCUUGAUCUCUAUUCUCCAUCUAACACUCUGAUCUACCCCCCAAUUGAUGUUCACUAUAAGUCAUGAUAGUUAUUUCCACCCAGUAUUCCACACACCGGACACUGCACGCCACAAAUUAAGUUCCAAAAUUGAAAUCAAAAUUGUAGUUUCCUUAAAUUUUCAUGAAGACCUAACUUUUUGAGCAAACGAAGCAAGUCAUUGUUAUUCUAAGACACAAUGGACCAUGAUGAUGUCACAAGCAGUGAUUGACAGUCAACAAUAGGUGUUUGUUACGCGCCAAGAGGUAGAACAAUCAAGUGUUAGUCAGUAUAUGGAUGGAAUACAAAGCUCAUCAUCUGUGUAAUGCUUUAACUUCAGGAAACAAAACAUGACAAUGGAAUGGUCAUCAAAUUCUUAAUACUGAAAUUCUGAUUAGACAUUACCUACAAUUGUUGGGUGAUGGGCCAAAUCUUUCCCAAAUUCCUCUCACCCACAAAGAAUAAAAGAAUAACUACAACUUUUUGAAAUAGCAGAAUCUGCACUAUUGUUUGAUGGUUGUUGCUAUUAAAUCACAAGGUUUUUAAAGCUACUAUAGUGUAUGGAUAAGAAGACAUGACUUUUGGUUGGUUUGGUCAUUCAUAUCCUUGUGGGUGAGAACUUGAGUAACUUAUCCAUGGUUGCUACUCCCAUGCCCACAGUCGAGUUGCUGAAGCUACUGCAGUGUGUGGUUCAGCAAACCUGUAUUUGAAUAGGAAACCGCACUAUGUUUCCUACAAUUCUGCAAUCGGUUUCUUUUAUUAUGUCAUAAAAGAACAAACAAUGCACUUGUAUAGAUUCUUCAAUAGGAUAUUAUAUCUCUUGUGUCAUUUAUUUUUUUCUUAAAACAAAUUUAAAAAAAAACAUUUUUCGAAAAAAUUAUGAUUACUUAAGUGCACCAAAUAUGCUAAUGGAAAGUGCCUUUCUCUUCGCCAAGUUACCUGCACAUAAUUAACGCCUUAUCAAAUAGAACGUUCAUCCAUAAUGUGAGCAAGAUGACAAAUUUAAAACCACGUUGCUAUUUUGAGAUCGCCGUUUUUUCCCCUAGACCUCGUGGUUGCCGCCCACGGUUUUAUAUCGAACGAAAAUAAGCGUCGGUUGGUUAAAAUAGCUCCGGUUGUAUAUUUUUUUACGUAAGUGGGAAAAGGUUUUAUUAAAAAAGACUUUCCGACAAAGAAAAUGUAUACUGCAAGUUUUUAUCGAUUGUAUAAAAACAAUAAGCAUUGUUGCGUAUCAAGGUCGGUCACGAGACAUGACGUCACUCGGCAUUCUUACGUGAUAAUGUAACUUGUUUGCGCACAACGGGUCGACGUGAGUUCGAGAAUCCGCAGAAUCUUGCGUGCUUUUUACGUCACAGUCCACAGUUUUUGUCAAAAUUACCACCGAGUUCAAUGUUUAGGAAGGUUAUUGUAAAAAUUUAGUUUUUUUCUUUAUCGCUCGUGUACUUUAAUUUCUAAUGUCAGUUCUGAAAUGUUUGUUUAUAUUGUGUGUUAUAACUGUUUAUUCCAAAAUAUCGCCUUUAGCUGUGGGGUGGGUAAUUCCUGGCCAACGAAAUUUAUAUUUAGUUCGGAAAAGUGUUUUAAAUCAACCUAUUUUACAAUCUAAGUUACUGCUAACGGUCCGCCAUGAAAAAUAUUCCAUAGCGGAAAACAAUAGCCCGCCCCUUGUUAAAUUUGUUCCUCUAGUGACGUCACUAAACCCGAUAUAAGCAUCAGUUACUUUUUGCUGUGAUUUGGAAUUACAAACUAACAGUUUACGUUGCAAUAUGAAUUUUUACAAUUUGUGUUCGCUAAAAGCGAUUACGAUCGGUGUUAUUUCGUCAUUAUAGAAAUACAAACAAGUUAUUGC